GAAAUAACAGUUGGCUUCUUCAACUUUUUGUCCACAAAAGUUGACCUAUAUUUCUGAAUAUCAAGAUUUCUAACAAGUGGGUUAACAUGUUCUUGGACAUGGGUUUCAUGUUCUUCAAUGAUUCAGGUUAUCAAACUCUAGUUACUUGUUAAGAAAGUUAUCUCUUCGUCGCCUUCAUCAAUGGAUUCGACCAAACAUAAUGAAGAAUGCAGCAGCAGUGAAUCUGGAUGGACGAUGUACAUUGCGUCUCCGAUGCAGGUAGACGAGGAUGAAUGCAGUGUCGAUAAAGAUAGCAAAGUUAUUAACAUUCUUGACGAUGAUGCUGAUGAUAACGGUGAGCAAGACAGCGAUGAUUCGAUGGCUUCCGAUGCUUCUUCCGGCCCUCAACAACAGUACAGAUCGGAAAAUGGCGGAGGGAAAGGUGCGUUGAGUUUUAAGCACGGUAAGGGCAAUAACAAAAAGGAUAAGAAGAAGAAUGGCGGAAACAGCAAGGAAAAGAAGACGGCUAACAGAAAAUACAGCAAGUAGUGUGGUUCAAAAUGUAUUCUUAUGAGUUAUGACUUAUGAUCAACUGCAGAAACAGAAGUUACAUAUUUAUCUUUAUUAGAAAUUAAUUCCAUUCAUUUUUUUUAUGGUUUUAGAGUUAUAUUGUAUUGUUCAAAUGUAAUUCAGUUAGAGACAAACAAAAUUUAUAUCAAAAUGUUGCAUUUCAUA